UACAAUUACACAUUAAAAAAAAUAGUCCACAACACAGUCAGACCGAAACGACAAUAGCAUCUGCCGUUUCAGUUAGAAAUCAUCAUCAUCAAACAAAGCGAAAUCUCAGACAACCACAACUCCUAAAUUCUCAAAAUGCUUCAAGCACGCACAUUUCGUCCUUACAUCUCCAUUUCCCCUUCAUCUUCUUCCUGAAAACCUAACCCUAACCCUAGAGACUCCAUUUCCCGUUUCCAAUCGAUUCACAAUGAAUUCCCAUUGCCUUCAUCUUCAUCACCACCACCAUCAUCAUCAUCAUCUUCCGUUUCUAGAUCUCUCAAAAACCCUACCGCUCUCUUCCUCCUCGACCUUGGCGGCUCCACCGUCUCCGCCACCUUGAUAAUCGGUCUUAUGAUUUACUACAUUCUUGAUUCGCUCAAUUUCAAACAAUCCUCAUUCUUCUCUUUAUUGAUUUCACUCAUCUUUGCUCAAUUCACCUUCUUCCUCACUUCAUCGUUUCCAUGACGGCUUCAACCUCCCUAUGCCACUCCUUUCUUGCUCUAACCUUCUCUCUCUAUCAGUUACCACAUGUCUUACGAUUUCUGAUGCAUGGAAUAUUUUGAGAGAAAGAAAGGGAUUUUUCGAUGUGAUACUACUCAAUGUUCUAAUGCAAGACAUGAAUUCCUAUGAUUUUAUUCUACAUGUUACGCAACAAAUCAAAAUUCCUGUCAUUAUGAUGUCUAGUGAUGGCACAACAAGUUCAGUGAUGAGGGCUAUAGAAAAUGGGGCAUGUGAUUAUUGGAUUAAACCAUUGCAUGAGAAACAAAUCAAGAACAUGUGGAUACAUGCUGCAAGAAAGUUAAUGAAUGAAAAUAAAAAACAAGAAAUUAAUAGAAAAAAUCUGGAGUUUGAAGGUAAGAAAAUAAAGGGGGAAAAAGAUGAUUUGAUAUUAGGUUUAAUUGAUGCAACAAGUGAAGGUGUAAAAAUUGACCCAAAAGAGGGUUGUUCUAAAGUAAUAGUAGAAAAAAGUGAUUAUGUUAUUGAAAAAGAUAAUCUAAAUGAAAAUGAACCAUCAACAAAGAAGGCACGUGUGGCAUGGACGGUUGAGUUGCAUCAACAAUUUGUUAGGGCUGUCAAGCAACUUGGAGUUGAUAAGGCUGGACCAAAGAGAAUUAUGAAAAUAAUGAAUGUUAAUGGUUUGACUAGAGCGCAUAUUGCUAGUCAUUUGCAGAAAUUUAGACUUUAUUUGAAGAGAGAAGAAACACAUAAACAUCUACAACAAAAGAAACAACAGCAACAAAAUGGAACUGUAAAAGCUAUAGAUUCCAACAAUUCAAAUGGAUCUGAAGGAUUUGAUAAUCAUGCUUUAGCUCUUACUAAUCAUGUUUUGAAUCCUCUAAUUGAAGUUCCAAAACAUGAUCAUCACCAAAACCAAAAUAGUAGUAAUGCCCAAUUGAAAACGUCAACAAUGUGGCCUAAUUUUAAGCAUGAAUCAUAUGGCUGCAAUUCUUCUAAUCAGCAUGUUUCUUCCAACACGCUCCUACAACAUGAAUAUGCACCAUCAUCAUCAUCAUAUGGAAAAUGGGUUCCAACUGAAUCAUCAAAUCAUUUAGUUGACCCAGCCAAUAUUAGAAAUCUUAUAUUGAUGAAAAAUGUUACGAAUACAAAGCCUAUGCAGCAGGAAACAUGAUCAACAUCAUCAUCAGAUUAAUAAUAGUAUUAAUUCAAUCAUUGAUGUUCAACAUCAAAAUAGCAUGAUGAUUUCAGGAAAUGAUUCAUAGGAAGAAAAUAGUCCUGCUUCUGUGAAUCAAAAUUCUGUUAUCUUUAAUUAGUACUAUUGCUCUUGGUCAUGAUCAAAAUAAUCAAGGUGGAAUCAUUUUCUUAGGGAACAAUCCAAUGAAUCAACAGAUUUCUGUUAACUUUUUGUGUUGCUGAUUUUAGUUAUGUAGGAGUCUCCCUUGAUGGUGAGAAGGGGCCAAAUGGUAUUUAAGGACUAUUCUUCAAAUUGCAGUAUCUUUUCCAAGAAUUUUUUACUAUAUAGUUAACAAGAUUGCCUAUUCUUUUGAUGAUAUUGUAAACAUGACAUAUUGUUUUAUAGAUUUAAUACAUUACUCUUUAUAAUUUUGUGAACAA